AUGAUUUCUCCCUUGACUGUUCCUAUCACUGAUGAUGAGAUUAGGAUUGCUUUAUUCUCUAUCCUGGAUGAUAAAGCCACGGGCUCGGAUGGAUUCACAUCUUUGUUUUUUAAGCGGGCAUGGGAUAUAAUUGAUACAGAUUUCAGAGAUGCAAUGAGACAUUUUUUUGCUACUAAUGAAAUGCCAAAAUGUGUUAAUGCUACAAGGAUUGCUUUGGUCCCUAAGGUGGAGAGCUCGAGUCGUAUGAUGGACUUUAGGCCGAUAUCUUGUUGUAAUGUACUUUACAAGUGCAUUUCUCAGGUGAUUGUGAAUCGGUUUAAAGUAGUGUUUUCAGAUAUUAUUGGGGUUUCCCAUUGGGAUUUCAUCCUUUUGGGAUUGUGUACUGUGGGUUUUCCUGAGCGUAUGGUGAGGUGGAUCAUGACAUGUAUCUGUACACCGUAUUUCUCUGUUGCCCUGAACGAAGAGCUUCACGGUUUUUUUAGGUCCUCCCGGGGUGUUCAGCAGGGAGACCCUCUUUCUCCUUACCUUUUUGUGUUGGCUAUGGAGGGGUGGGCAGCUAUUACUCAUUUGUGUUUUGCGGAUGAUUUGAUGGUGUUAUAUAGAGCAGAUACUUCCUUUGUUAGGUUGAUCAAAUCAGCCUUGGAUUAUUUUGCUACAGUUUAUUGGUCAUCUAUGUUUCUUUUGCCAGUAGCUACCAUUAGACAGAUUGAGAGUAAUUUGGCCUCGUUUCUUUUGGAAGGGUACUUCUUUGUCCCCUUCUGGUGCCAAGGUUGCAUGGUCUUCUAUUUGCUAUCCAUUAGCGGAGGGUGGCCUGGGAUUAAGAGGAUCGAAGAUUGGAAUAGGGCAGCCAUUCUUAAGUACGUUUGGAGACUACUUACUGAUAGAUCUUCUAUAUGGUCUUCUUGGGCCCGUUUGGUUCUUCUCCGGGGUCGGUCCUUUUGGCAUAUCCGAGUUACUUUUGGGGCUUCAUGGGCUUGGAGGAAGAUUUUACUUAGCAGGGGUCCUCUAUGUGACUUGCUUCCUUUUAGAACCUUGGCUUCCACUAGUUUGCCACAGGAUGCUCGGGUUUCAAACAUUAUUCGGGAUGGUUUGUGGGGCUUUCCUUCGGGCAGUGUAGAGCUUCAGUAUAUCUGGGACUCCAUUACAAUGCAGCCUUUAGCGAGUCAUCCUCACCAUCUUGUGUGGAAGGGCCAUCCAUCUGGACGUUUCUCUAUUGACUUAGCCUGGAAUGUGUUGGAAGACAAACGGGAUGUGAACUUGAUUCAUCAUCUCUUAUGGCUUCCCGGAUCAGCUUCAGAGACCCAUGACCAUUUGUUUUUCAGUUGUGACUUCUCCAGUUAUGUUUGGCAGGAGGUCACUACCUGGACACUGUCUACAUGGCCUACUCUCUCCUGGUUCCCUCUGUUCCAGUGGGCUAGCUUGCAUCUUCGACGAAAAGGUGACUUCAGCCACCUUCUUUCCUGGUUGGUACUUUUAGCCACAGUUUAUUUCCUAUGGUUUGAACGGAAUAAUAGCGUGUUUCGUCGGCAUUGUAGCUCUCGCAGAGAUAUUGUCUUAGCUAUUUCUGAUCUAGUUUGGGCCAAGAUUUUGGCUCUAGCACCUAAGUACGAGAUGUUGACUCAACUCCAUGCAAUAUGGCAUCUUCCUGAUUAG